CAUUAUAGCUAUCAUCGUAAUUUAUCUCAAAUUCGUCAAAAAUUGGGGACCCAGGAUGAUGCAAAAUCGGAAGCCAUUCCAACUGAAAACACUUAUGAAUGCACGAUUACAGCUGGAGCUGUGAACCUAUCAAUCAAAAAGGCAAUCCCUCUAGAAAAAUGCUCAUUUUCGUAACAUAUCUUUACUUUGUAUCGAAAAUUAUCGACCUUCUAGACACAGUGUUUUUCGUGAUGCGAAAAAAAUACAAUCAAAUAACAUUUCUGCAUACGUAUCACCACGCGGGAAUGGUAGUUGCCACUUAUGUCUUCACCAAAUUUCUAGCAGGAAGCCACGCGACCCUUUUGGGACUAAUAAACAGUUUCGUCCACGUUAUCAUGUACUUCUACUAUUUCCUUACUUCGUUUAAGCCAGAAUUGAAACACUCAUUAUGGUGGAAGAAGCACAUCACUCAAGUGCAGUUGCUUCAGUUUACUAUUCUUAUGCUACAUUUCGGCAUUCCACUCAUUGGAGGAUAUUGUGACUUUCCCAAAGUGCUCCUGUUCAUUGGGUUCACGCAAAACAUGUUUAUGUUUACCCUUUUUGCCGACUUUUAUAUUAAGGCAUACAUUAAAAAUAACAAAUUUAAAUCGAUAGGACAAAAGAACGUUGAAUAA